AAGAAAUCAAAUCGGAUUUAAACAGUAGUUGACCAUAGCUAGAAAUGGUUUUGUUGAUUAUAUCUACCAUUUUUACUUUACAUUCAAUUUGUGUUCGAGCUUUCGACCCAUGCGCGGUUGGUAACCAUCAGGAAUUUCCAACAUACGGCUUCGGUGCUAGAAAACACAACUGCUCCCAAGAUUUACUUGCAUCAUGCGACUACUACCUCGAUAAACAAUGGUACACAUCAAGUCUUGGAUCUCUGUUGAAUGCUUGUCCUACCGUAGCGAGUUGUGGGGCGGCGUUUCCAGCUUGGAUUGACGGACAAUUACCGGGUGUUGCUGAUGGUAUUGUAAACCGCACUGUUUGCAUCAAAAGGGGAACUAGAUGUUGCGCGGAAUCAAACCUUACUGCACAGAUCAAAAACUGCAAUGGUUUCUUUGCGUACAAUCUUCCACCCCUUAACGAAUGUUCGAGUGCGUACUGUCUUGCAUCGGAUUUGCCCUGCAAAUCGUCUACAACGGGUCUCACCGUGACAAGUCCUACCACAGGUGUAAGUAAGACUUUACUUACUGGUGUAUACGUAGGAGCAGGCGUGGUGAUAUAUAUGAUUGGAGCGGCCAUUGUAUUUUACAUUAGGCUCAAAUGCAAAGAAAGUAAAAUAGCAGUGUGUAAUACUGGAUCAGAGAAAACAGACCAUUUAACAUCUUCCGAUUACGACAUUUACACCACAGUGGACAUCCCGUCGCCUUAUACAACUAUCAAAUAGUUUUAAGCGAAACUUCAAAGCUUCCAAGUUUAUUGGCAAUCGACAUAAAUUUGCAUUUGGCCAUUUACAAAACAAUCAUUUUAUGGCAAAGACAUAUGUAGAUGCAUUCAAAUAUGUUAAAUGUAUACAGUCGAACCCCGUUGGCUCGAACUUGCUUAGCUCGAAUUCCCCGUAGGCUCGAACUAUAUGUUAAGGACCGAUUUCAUUAUACUGUAACAGUAGGUAAACAUUCCCGCAUGGCUCGAAUUUUCCGAGGCUCGAGGUAUUUUUGCCGGUCCCUUCGAGCCAACGGGGUUCGACUGUAUACUACUAAAUUAUGAUAAUGGUAUUGUAAAUUGUAACAAUUACAUGUGUAAAGUAUAUAUUAUGUGCUAAUAUGCUUAGUAAAUAAAUGUACAGUCUACAUGUACUGUAAAUAAAAUA